AAAGAGAAGCGAGAGGGAGGGAGAGGGAGGGGGAGUUGAAAGAAAGAAAUCCAUGGACCUCAUGGAAGAGAGUAGCGAGUGAAGAAAACCCAAUUGUUACGAAGCGAAGCGACAGGAUAGAGUAGAGGGGAUCAACGGAUUCUCUCUGCCUUUAAAAACCCAGUUUCGCCUUGAUUGAUCUUUUGAAUUGGGUUACCAUGUGUUCUUCGGCACCUAUCCCUCCGCUUGCUGAUAUUGAAUUCCAUUCCACUGAUGAAGAGCUUGUAGAGCAUUUGGAAAGAUUCAUCCAUGGGGCUCCCCUUCCAGACAAUGUGAUUAGCGAGGUGAAUCCUUACAAUGUUUUGCCCUGGAAUUUACCUGCUUACGAGAAACAUGUUGCAGAGAACAUUUGGUACUUCAAUUCAGAGGGCCCUAAAGUUACAGGAACUGGAUAUUGGAAAGCUACAGGGGAGGGUCGCAGAAUUCCAAAGAAUUCUACCACUACUGGUUGCAGAACUACUCUGGAAUUUUACAUAGACAAGGCUCCUUAUGGAACUAAAACUGAUUGGAUGAUGUAUGAAUACAAGAUUUAUUGGAAUGUGUUCUCGGAAAAUAAUGAAAUACAGGAUUCCAGUUCCCUGUGUAGGGUCUUUCUCAAUAGCAUCCAAAGUCCAGAUCAUAAAGAUCCCCACAGUCGUGCUAGUGCAGAUGACGCUAAAGGAGACUACAUUCAUCCAAAGUCAGCAAUCAGGGUGCAAGCUGAAGAAAAUUGUCUCAGUGCACAAGAUGACUUGAGCAGGUCCCAGGUCAUCCAUGGUUUUGAUGAGAAUGGACCAACAGCUGUGUCCGAAAAGAAUUUGCCAGACCAGAGACUUGAUAAUCCUGUGGAGAACCUGGAUGAAAACUAUGAUUUCUCAAGAGAAGACUACUUGGAAUUACUUGAUCUUGUUAAUCCUGAAUCGCCGUCUUCCAGUUCUGAAAACUCGAGUUGCUUGACCAUGUCAUCAGAUGAAUACUUUGAUUCCUCAGCCUUGUUGCGGGAACUAGAGGGAGGGAAAGGAGAAAAUACACAGACGAACCAGACAAAUUCUAAUUUCAGUGUCACUACAUCCCACGGACCCAAUCAGAUGGUUUUUGAGCCAACAUCUUCUGGUUCAGCAGUACAGCAGCAAGUCCUCAACAGCAAGAUGCAGAAACAUGUUGCAGAUCAAGGCUCCUCUACGAGCUCAGCAAAUGAUGUGGCAUCAUCAAGUGGUCUUCCAGCCGUUUCAGACGGAAAAAGGAAGGCUGUUAGUAGGAUAACAAAGCUUAGGAAGAAGAAAAAAGAAAAUAUGGACAGGAUAAAUACACAGGGAGGGAUCUACACACUGCCUGCGUGGAUUGGCAUCUCCCACGCCAAACCAAUGGCUCACAGGAGGGAGUGCCUCAUGAUUUGUCCAAGGGGGUCACAUGGUCAGGUAGGAAAGUGUCAGGAGGGAGACUGUGUUUGAGAUGGCGUGCACUAUCGGCAGUGUGUACAUCAUUUUCCCAUAAUAUAUUUACUCUUAAGUAGAUAAUUACAUCAUUUUUCAUUAAAUAUAUUUACUCUUAGGUAGAUAAUAUUGUUCUCACUGUUUCUUUUCCCUCCAUUACCCCUUUGUGUAACUAACAAUAUAUGAAGUACAUAAUAUCUGGAAAGUUGAACUAAAUGCUUCCUCUUUUGUGUA